UUUUGACAUUCAAAGUCCUGUGAAAACAUGGCGGCGCCCAUGAGAUGGAAAAGACUUGUGUUCUCUUCGCAUACUCCUGCAUUCUCCUGGGUUUUCACGAGGAUAACAGACCGAUUUUUCAGGACAUACGAUCGGAGGAGAGGGUCCGCUGUGCUGCUCUUGUCCCCUCUCCUGGCUGAGGCGGACUCAGCCCCCCUGGCCUCCUCCAGACCUCCAGGCUUCUCUGGUGCCGAUGGCCUUCACUCUCGCUUCCACUGGAUGGCUGAUCAUGUACCUGCUUUCAGGGUCCCUGGGGGCCACAUACACAUCCUUCACUCACCUGAUGAAUUUUAUCAAGCUAUGAAGGCUCGCAUUAAGACAGCCAAGAGUCGUGUGGUGAUGGCAUCACUGUACCUGGGUACAGGACCACUAGAGCAAGACCUGGUUGAUUGCAUGGAAGAGGCAUUAGAGCGCUCACAGGAAGAUCAUGCACCUGAUCUCAAAGUGUCUUUUCUGCUGGAUUAUACCAGAGGCUCAAGAGGUAAGCACAAUUCCCGCACAAUGUUACUGCCGCUGCUCCAGCGUUUCCCCGAUCAGAUGAGAGUGUCCCUGUACCACACACCAGACCUGCGGGGACUGUUGCGUCUUCUGGUGCCCGAACGCUUCAACGAAACCAUCGGGGUGCAGCACAUCAAGGCAUACCUUUUUGACAACAGUCUCAUCAUCAGUGGGGCCAAUCUGAGCGACUCCUACUUCACCAAUCGUCAGGAUCGUUAUGUGCUUCUGGAGGACUGCGGAGAGGUGGCGGAUUUUUUUGCCGAACUCGUGGGAGCCGUGGGCGAUGUUUCAAUGCAGCUCCAGCCUGACAACAGUGUGCACAUGAUGGAGGGAAUGGUGCAUCCUUACAAAGGUAACAGAGCAGAUUUUUCUGCAUCAGCACAGAAACGGAUCAUGGAGGUGGUGACUACGGCCCGUGUCCGACAGAGCAUGCUGGAGACUGAAUGCCCAGAGGGUCAUGAUUCAGAAGGGAUGCUGCCAAAUGACACAUGGAUCUUUCCACUCAUGCAAAUGAAGCCUCUGGGCAUUUACUUGGAUGAACAAAUAACCAAACAACUGCUCAUAGAGGCUGGUGGAGACUCUGUCAUCUACCUGACAUCGGGUUACUUCAACCUGACGCGCACAUACAUGCAGCUGGUGCUGGGUGCAGCCGGAGACUACCGAAUCCUCAUGGCCUCCCCCGAGGUUAAUGGCUUUUUCGGAGCCAAAGGAGUAGCAGGAGCAAUUCCUGAGGCCUACGUUCAUCUCGCCCGACAGUUUUACAAUAAGGUGUGCCAGCUGGGUCAGCAGAGCCGUGUCCACUUGCAUGAAUACCACCGCCCCGAUUGGACAUUUCAUGCUAAAGGUCUGUGGUACUAUGUGGGAGGAAGAGACCACCCCUGCCUCACUCUUAUUGGCUCCCCAAAUUUCGGCUAUCGCUCUGUGCACAGGGAUCUUGAGGCCCAGAUCGCCAUAGUAACAGAGAAUGAGGAACUCCAGAUGCAACUGCAACAGGAGCAGGAGUUGUUAUACCAGAGCUCGACACAAGUGUCAAACUCCACCUUUAAUCAGCCGGACCGCCAUGUAAAGUUGUGGGUGAAACUUGUUACUCCACUCAUCAAGAACUUCUUCUGAGUUCAACAGGCCUGAGGCGAUCGAUAUCUCACUAUGACAGAUGGAGGUGGGAAUACAUCUGUGAUUUGUACACCAGCCAUUUGCAAAUAUCGAUGGUUAUGCUAAUGGUUUUGAAGAUGACUGGAAUUGUGGGUCUCAGCCAGCGUCCCAGCCAGCUCCAAUGAUGACCACUUAACUAAUCAGCUCUGUGCUAUUAUAUUGAAUAACAUUCGUUCUGUUCUAACAACCUCAUUGUUUGGAGAAAAUACAUGUAAAACAAGAACAAAGAAUUUACUGUGGGUAUGAUGGAUAUGUAUCUGUAAGCAACAUGGCAGAUAUGAACCAUGAUGUUUGGCCAUCAGUUUGAUGUGCAUCUAACAUUUAUGUACAUAUUUUAAUUUAAAAAAAUAAAAUUGUAUUAUUUUGUCACUUUAAUAAGAUGCUGUUUAACAAAAAACCUUUCCAUUUCUGAUUUCUUUCCAUUGUACUUUAUUUUUUACUACAUUAUUUGGUUGAAAAUGGCAGAUGCAGUUCAUUAAUAUUGAUUUCAUUAAUAAGGUCAAUGUUAAUCUCAGGAAUGCAAAGUGAUGCAGUUUGAGAUGUGCACAUUUCAGCAACCCUUAGUUACCUCAGCUGAAAAUAUCCAUAUUUCUCAAUCUUCUUUAAACAAAAAACAUCCACUGGCUGAAACCAGUUCAAACCAUCAAGGCUCAGUGCCUUCAAUUUAAAAAUGACUUAAUCUUGUCUUUUUCCAAACCUGCAUGAAUUUUAUUU